AUGGCUCAGAUGCCGUUCCGACAGAACUUCAGGAAGCCUUCGAGGCAGGCCUCAAUGGAUCCUCACAAUGAUUUGAACCCACACAUGGACCACUACAUUGGAAUCGACGUGGGAACUGGCAGUGCCAGAGCCUGCAUCAUCGACCAGCAUGGUGACAUCAAAGCCUUGGCCACAGAGAAUAUCGGGCUCUGGCAGCCAGAGACCGGCUACUACGAGCAGUCUACCACCGACAUCUGGAGAUGUAUCUGUACCUGUGUGCAACGAGCUCUCAGCCAGCAUAAUAUCGACCCUACAACCGUCCGUGGAAUCGGGUUCGAUGCGACCUGCUCACUCGCGGUAUUCGCGCACGAUACAGACGAGCCUAUGCCUGUCACCGGCCCCAACUUCGCCAACGAUGGCAACGACCGCAAUGUCAUCCUGUGGCUCGACCACAGACCCGUCGAGGAGGCAGCGAAGAUCAACGCUACCGGGCACAACCUUCUUCGCUACGUGGGAGGCAAGAUGAGCAUCGAGAUGGAGAUCCCAAAGGUGCUAUGGCUGAAGAACCACAUGCCGCCCGAGAUGUUCGAUCGCUGCAAGUUCUACGACUUGGCUGAUGCGUUGACGCAUUUGGCGACUGGUAACGAGACGAGGAGUUUCUGCAGUACGGUCUGCAAGCAGGGAUAUGUCCCUGUGGGUGUUGACGGUAGCGUUAAGGGAUGGCAAGAGGACUUUUUUGAGACAAUUGGGCUGGGUGAUUUGGCCAAGGACAACUUCAAGCGCAUGGGUGGAGUUGACGGGGUGAACGGAAAGUACUUGAGUGCUGGUGAGCUGGUAGGAACGCUAAGCGAGAAGGCUGGUAACGAGCUUGGUCUCCCAGCCGGAAUCGCAGUCGGCAGCGGUGUCAUUGAUGCCUAUGCCGGCUGGGUCGGUACAGUCGGUGCCAAAGUCAACCUGGGUGCCAACCAACUCGAUGCCGGUUUUCCCAAGAACGACAAGUCUCAAGCCUUCGGCCGUUUGGCUGCCGUUGCCGGAACAUCCACCUGCCACCUGGCAAUGUCCAGAGAUCCCGUCUUUGUCGAAGGAGUCUGGGGUCCCUACCGAGACGUCCUCCUACCCGAGUUCUGGAUGGCCGAAGGCGGCCAGUCCGCUACGGGCGAGCUGCUCAAGCACGUCCUCGAGACGCACCCAGCGUACAACGAGACCAUGUCUAUGGCCGAAUCCUUCAACACCAGUAUCUACGAUUACUUGAACUCCCACUUGGAGGAGAUGCAAGAGAAGAUCUCGGGCCCUACAGUCUCCUACCUCGGCCGGCACUUCUUCUUCUACGGCGACCUCUGGGGCAACAGGUCGCCCAUCGCCGACCCCAACAUGACGGGCUCGGUCAUCGGACUUACGAAUGACCGUAGUAUGGACGGCCUAGCGCUGUACUACUAUGCCACGAUGGAGUUCAUCGCUAUGCAGACGCGGCAGAUCAUUGAGACGAUGAACGCCGCCGGCCACUCCAUCACCAGCAUCUUCAUGUCUGGCUCGCAGUGCCAGAACAAGAUCCUGAUGGAGCUCAUGGCCACGACGUGCUCAAUGCCAGUACUGAUCCCGCGCUACGUCCACGCAGCCGUCGUCCACGGUGCGGCCAUGCUGGGGGCCAAGGCGGCCAGCGCCGACAAGGAGGGCAACACGGAAGAUCUGUGGAGUAUCAUGGACCGCAUGAGCAAGCCUGGGAAGGUGGUCAAGCCGGGAACGAACGCCGGGGAGAAGAAGCUGCUGGAUAUAAAGUACAAGGUUUUCCUUGAGCAGUGCAAGACGCAGCAGCAGUAUAGGCAGAGCGUUGAUGAGGCGAUUGAGGGUUGGGCUACUUAG